GUUGGAGGAACAUUCUGGAACCUGAAAAGGACGUACGGAAGGCCAAUAUAAACCAUUCCUUCUCUCACUCUGCCUUCAUCUCUAGUCUCUGAAAUCUCUCUACCUCACUAACCCUAACCCUAAUCUUUCGUCACACAGCCGCUCUCUUUGAAUCUUUGUUUAAUUUUCCGCUGAUUCGUAGCUAAGAUCAAACAAUGGCUGGAAAAGGUGAAGGUCCGGCGAUCGGAAUCGAUCUCGGAACGACAUACUCGUGCGUCGGUGUUUGGCAACACGAUCGUGUUGAGAUCAUAGCCAACGAUCAAGGCAACAGGACGACUCCGUCUUACGUCGCUUUCACUGAUACUGAGCGUUUGAUCGGCGAUGCUGCGAAGAACCAGGUCGCCAUGAACCCCAUAAACACCGUCUUCGAUGCAAAACGUCUCAUUGGGAGGAGAUUUAGUGAUGCCCCUGUUCAGAGUGAUAUCAAGUUGUGGCCCUUCAAAGUCAUUCCUGGUCCUGGUGACAAGCCAAUGAUUGUUGUAAACUACAAGGCUGAGGAAAAGCAGUUUGCUGCUGAGGAAAUAUCCUCUAUGAUUCUUACCAAGAUGAAGGAGAUUGCAGAGGCAUACCUUGGAUCAAUUGUGAAGAAUGCCGUUGUCACUGUUCCUGCUUACUUCAAUGACUCACAGCGCCAGGCUACCAAGGAUGCUGGUGUCAUUUCUGGACUCAAUGUCAUGCGCAUUAUCAAUGAGCCAACAGCUGCUGCCAUUGCAUAUGGUCUUGACAAAAAGGCUACCAGUGUUGGGGAGAAGAACGUCCUUAUCUUUGAUCUUGGUGGUGGAACUUUUGAUGUUUCCAUUCUCACCAUCGAGGAGGGUAUUUUUGAGGUGAAAUCUACAGCUGGAGAUACUCAUCUUGGUGGAGAGGAUUUUGAUAACAGAAUGGUGAACCAUUUUGUUCAGGAGUUUAAGAGGAAGCACAAGAAGGACAUCAGUGGUAACCCCAGAGCACUGAGGAGACUGAGGACCUCUUGUGAGAGGGCAAAGAGGACUCUCUCUUCCACCGCGCAGACCACCAUUGAAAUUGAUUCUCUAUUUGAGGGCGUCGACUUUUACUCCACCAUAACUCGCGCUAGGUUUGAGGAGCUGAAUAUGGAUCUCUUCAGGAAGUGUAUGGAGCCUGUCGAAAAAUGUCUGAGAGAUGCCAAGAUGGACAAGAGCACUGUACAUGAUGUUGUUCUUGUUGGUGGAUCUACCAGAAUUCCAAAGGUACAGCAACUGUUGCAGGACUUCUUUAACGGAAAGGAGCUGUGCAAGAGCAUCAACCCUGAUGAGGCAGUCGCCUAUGGUGCUGCUGUUCAAGCUGCCAUUCUGAGUGGGGAGGGCAACGAAAAGGUUCAGGACUUGUUGCUGUUAGACGUUACUCCUCUCUCCCUUGGGUUGGAAACUGCUGGAGGAGUCAUGACUGUUUUAAUCCCAAGGAAUACCACCAUUCCCACCAAGAAGGAACAGAUAUUCUCUACCUACUCUGAUAACCAACCUGGUGUGCUGAUUCAGGUAUACGAGGGAGAGAGGACGAGAACAAGGGACAAUAACUUGUUGGGUAAAUUCGAGCUUUCGGGCAUCCCUCCAGCCCCCAGGGGUGUGCCUCAAAUCACUGUCUGCUUUGAUAUUGAUGCUAACGGUAUAUUGAAUGUCUCUGCCGAGGACAAAACAACAGGGCAGAAAAACAAAAUCACAAUCACCAAUGACAAGGGCAGGCUAUCGAAGGAGGAAAUUGAGAAGCUGGUCCAGGAAGCAGAGAAGUACAAGGCAGAGGAUGAGGAACACAAAAAGAAAGUGGAGGCCAAGAAUGCGCUUGAGAACUACGCCUAUAACAUGAGGAACACAGUGAAGGAUGAAAAGAUUGGUUCUAAGCUCAACCCAGCUGACAAGAAGAAGAUUGAGGAUGCAAUUGAUGAGGCCAUUAAUUGGCUUGACAGCAACCAACUUGCAGAAGCUGAUGAGUUCGAGGACAAGAUGAAGGAACUCGAGGGCAUUUGCAACCCUAUUAUUGCAAAAAUGUACCAAGGUGCUGGUGCAGACAUGGGUGGUUCCAUGGAGGAUGAUGCUCCUCCAGCUAGUGCAAGUGGUGCUGGGCCCAAGAUCGAGGAGGUUGAUUAAAGCAUUGAAACUGGAAUUUCUCAUUUUAUUGUUUCUAGUACUCUUAUGGUAAAUAGUCCGAUUUAGAACUACUAUUUUGGAUCCUAAUGGCCCUUGUGAUAUUGGGUCUCUGAAUUUUUAUGGGAUCUUUUUUUUGACAUUGCUUCUCUUUUACCUUUUCGGUAGUAAGUUCCUUUCUCUACCUUUUGAAGCUAAAGCAUUCACCCUGACUCAAUCUAUAUGGUUUUUUACAAAUCUCGUUUUCUACCUCUUUGAAUGAUUACUCUGACUCAACCCAACUGAGGUGGAACUAAUCUUUUGAUCAGUACGUAGAAAGAAGAGAGAGCUUGGAUUAUCAGUCGGAAAUUAUCUACUGGCAAACAACUUUGGUUCUUAUCCUUUCUGUUUGCCAUUUUAUAUUCCAUUUGGAGAUUAUUCCAGAAAAUGACUUAAACAAAGCUUGCUUUUCUUUCGUGAGUGUGCCUUUUUCUUUGUCAAUAGGGAUUUUUUUUUUUACUGGGAAAUAAUAUAAUUUUCUUUGAUGAACGCUAAAUCUUUUCAGCAAAUAUUUCUAAUAUCAGAUUGCACUUCAUGCUCCCGCUUGGAUACUUGGAACUGGCUCCUUAAUUAUUU